AUGAACAGUACUAUGACUUCGGAAAGUAGUAAGAAAGACAUCAAGAUAAUCAACCUGGAACCGAGGGCUUCUACGGAAGAAGGUUCCAUUGAGUUGCAUAAUAUGGCAAGCAACCUGCGCUCGAUUAUAUCUAAGACGGGUGCAGGUGAGGUUAAUUACAUUAAUGCAUCCAAAUCAGUAAAUGAUAAUCAACUGUUGGCAGAAAUUGGUUACAAACAAGAGUUAAAAAGGCAAUUCUCAACAUUACAAGUAUUCGGUAUUGCAUUCUCCAUUAUGGGCUUACUACCUUCUAUAGCAUCAGUAAUGGGAACAGGUAUCUCUGGCGGGUCUGUCUCCUUCGUUUGGGGUUGGUUUAUUGCAUCAUUUUUCAUAUUAUUAGUUGGUAUUUCAAUGGCAGAAAAUGCAAGUGCCAUACCAACAGCAGGUGGACUAUAUUAUUGGACAUAUUAUUAUGCGCCAAAAGGCUACAAAGAGGUUUUUUCUUUCAUUAUCGGUUGUUCGAAUUCAUUAGCAUUGGUUGCAGGUCUUUGUUCUAUUGAUUAUGGUUUGGCUGAAGAGAUUAUGGCGGCUGUAGUUGUCACCUAUGAUGGAGAUUUCAAUAUAACCGAUGGAAGAUUAUAUGCUGUAUUUCUCGCUUCCGUUAUUGUUAUGGCACUUUGUACAUCAAUGGCAUCAGGAGUUAUCGCACGCCUUCAAAAUAUUAGCAUCGUAUCGAAUCUUUUCAUUAUAGUUUUACUUUUCAUUGCAUUACCGGUUGGAACCAAACAUAAAAGAGGUACUUUUAAUGACGCUAGUUUCAUCUUUGGGGGAUUUGAGAAUUUUAGUGACUGGAAUGGAGGUUGGCAGUUCUGUUUGACAGGUUUUAUGCCUGCUGUUUGGACGAUUGGUUCAUUCGACUCUUGUGUUCAUCAAUCAGAGGAGGCAAAGGAUGCCAAGAAAUCAGUUCCAGUAGGUAUAAUAGGUUCUAUUUCUGCUUGCUGGAUUCUAGGUUGGCUCAUUAUUAUUUGUUUGAUGGCUUGCAUCGAUCCACAACUCGAGAAUGUUUUAGAUACCCAAUAUGGUUUCCCAAUGGCGCAACUGAUUUAUGAUUCAUUAGGAAAGAAAUGGACGAUUGCUUUCCUAUCCCUCAUGGCAUUUUGUCAAUUUUUGAUGGGAUGUUCUAUUUGUACUGCUAUAUCGAGACAAAUUUGGGCUUUUUCCCGUGAUGAUGGGUUACCUUUUUCCAAAUACAUUAAGCAAGUUCAUAAUUCGGUCCCAUUUUUUGCAAUUUUAGCUGCCUGUGUAAGUUCUUUGGUAUUGGGUUUGCUUUGUCUAAUUGAUGCUACAGCAGCAAAUGCUCUUUUCAGUUUGGCAGUGGCAGGUAAUUAUUUGGCCUGGUGUACGCCAACUCUUCUGAGACUAACUUCCGGAAGAGACAUAUUCAGACCAGGUCCGUUUUACUUGGGUAAGGUUUUAUCACCAAUUGUUUCGUGGAUUGGAGUACUGUAUGAAGUAUUUAUUAUUAUAAUGGAAAUGUUUCCAUCACAACAACAUGGAAUAAAUAAAACUAAUAUGAACUAUGCAUGUGUUAUUGGUCCUGGUAUUUGGUUUUUAGCCUGGAUAUAUUAUUUGCUUUAUAAGAAGAAGUAUUAUCAUGGACCAAAGACAAACCUAUCGGAUGAAGAGUACAGCGAUAUGGUGGGCAUUGACGUAAUUGAUGGCAUAUUGGAGCAGAAAGAGCCAUAG